AUGAAGGCCAAAGGUAUAGGUGAUCCUGCCUCUUCGAUCAGGAAGGAUACCCAGGGCAAAGCACCCCAAGAAGGCACCCGCAAAUCCGAGCGCCUGAAGCUCAAAGGGUUGGAAUCUCAGGCGAACAGCACGCAAACGAUAUCUCGGGUCGAAACACUCGGCCAGACCAAGCCCUCCGAGCAGUCUGAUAGCGACAACAAAGACAAUCUGAUCAAUACUUUGACAUUUCAAGUUGAUAAUUUGGAAAGGGAGCUACUCAGCUAUGAGGAUGAUUGGGAUAAGCGGGGAUUCCAACAGGGAAGUUCCUUGACCACAGCACUCUGUCCAAGCCUGUGGCCCAUGGAAGUCGGUGGGAUGUGGAAAGGCUGCCAUAAUUUUGUCUCUCACUAUGGCUACGAUGGAGUUACUGAUUUUGACCGUUUGUCCAAAGAACAGAAACAGAGAAUCCUUGCGAGACUUGAUGGCUAUUACACGGAAGGCCUCGAAUGGGAUGAGUUAGUCACUCGCCUUCCGUCGGAGGCCAGGAGCAGUAUCGAAAUAUGGGCCGCCGAAAGAAUGCUCUACAAAGAUUUGAUCCGACGGUUCUGGAUAAACCCCUUCUGGUUCCUCGAGGACCACCAAGAUGGCCAAGAUGGACCUAUAAGUACGUCCCUAGGGACACAGCUCCACGGCCUUCAUCAAGAUUUCAUGAAAGUUGACCACGCCGAAGCCUGUCUAUGGCGAAGAACCACCGUCCGCCUUGCCAAUAUAGACAAACGGCCGCCGAGAAAACACCCGGAAUUUGGCCAAAAAACCCACGAUCGAUGGCUGGUCAUGGCCCAAAAAUUGGCAUCCAAUACGCUUGCGGAUGAGGAUUUUCAAUCCUUACUCAAACCCCUGUCCCCCGAGGACACCGACAAGAAUGCCGAGCGAAGGUCCCUGUGGUUUACUCAGAUGUAUGAGGAGGCAGCCGAAUUGUCCAUUGACAUUGCCUUCGACGCGCAUUACGUGGAAUUCCAUGACCUUCGCUCACUCGACUCGCUGGAGUUUCGUCACAAGUCCAACAGCCUACGGCUGGAUCGAGCACACGGUGCGACUGAGAAGAUUUCGGAGGAGCUGGACGGGCAUAAAAUCCUGCUGAUGUCAAGUGCAGUGUUGUAUCGGGAUGGAGGGGGAAGCUGA